CCCCAGCCUUGGAAUUGCUCGCAUCUGAGAUCUGAACCACACUCUUUUACUUUCCUUCAUCUCAGCCUGUGCCCAUCCACUCUCUUAUCCAUCAGCACCCAUUGGUAUUUUCCCCAACACUCAAUUGCAUCCAUCCAACAUCUAUACACUAGACCUCAUCACCACCCACCACUCGUAUCUACCUUGCGACACUCAGCCAGUGUACUAGCCACAGCCACAGCGACAGCUACAGCACCCGCUCCACCACCCAAACCCCUCACCUCGCCUCCCCCCAAACACAUCCAAUCAUACCCCUGCCAGAAUCCUCCGACCAAGAUGUCCAUCCGCACCCUCUCAGACACCGACUUCGAAGACAGCACGCUCAAGCGCGCGCGCACGGACCCGACCGCCCACCGGGUCUGCUACGACUGGAUGAUCGUCCAGGGCAACUGCCACUACGCGCGCGACCGCGCCGCCUUCACGAGUUACCGGUCCGUGACCACGGUGCGGCUGCAGACGAACAUCUUCAACCCGAUGGAGGAGCUGGAGGUGGCCGGCGUCGGGACCGUCGAGAUCCCCGUGGCGCGGUCGCUGGCCCCCAGCAGCCGCGACCACAACCCCUUCGCAAACAACGACAACCCCAACACGCACACCCUCGUCCUCGAGAACGUCCUGCACAUCCCCGAGGCCGUCUGCAACGGGUUCAACCCGCUGCUGUACGGGAGCAGCAUGUCGUGCACGGCCGAGAGCUGGACGGGCGCGGAUCGCGCGGGCACCCCGCUGUGGGUGGCGACCCCCUUCGCGGGCGGGUCGCGGCUGGUGCUGGCCGGCGCCGCGGCGCAGCUGCAGCACCAGCAGGGGGUGUCGGAGCUGAUUGCCGGGCGGUAUUAUACGUUGAGUCUGUAUAUUAGUCCCGCGGAGAAGGCGGAGCUGAUGGGGUAGACGGUGGGAGAGGGGGCGGUUUGCCUCAGACGGGGGAGUGUGGAGUGUUUGUGACAACCUAGGAAAAAAAAAGAGAAGGGGAAGGGGUGAAUCCUGUUGGGAGAGGCGAAGGAAGGAGGCAGGAGGCAACAUGACGGGUGACUGACUACUGUUGGUGUACGACGUUUCUUCCUGCAUGUUGGUUUGUACAGUAUAUUAUGAUACCUAUGAUAGAAUAUAGCAAAAACGCAAUACGAUACGAGUCCGGAUAAGUCAAGCGAGAUGCAUGGCGAAAAGCAUGGCAUGCCUGCUGCCCCUCGUCGGGGGUUGGGGGAGACACGUGGAAGGGCGGCAGUCGGCGAGCUUCACCCAGCUCGAUCGAUGCCAUGAGAUGGGGAUGGCAGAGAUGG